AUGGAACACGGUCUACGGCUCCCAUGGUGGGAAUUCCGGCCAGCCGACUUCACCUUGCCCGGCACCGUCGCACGGCACGAUUCCCGAGAAGCAGAGGGGCUACUGGCCGGCUUUCUUCAGGCCGGUGCGAGGGCGGAGACAGCAGACUGCUUCGUCUCUGCCAACAGCUUGAACGUAGCCGAGGUGCUCCACGCCCUCAGCCAAGAGGAGCUCGUGCUGCCGGUCGCGAGGUCGGGGUCGGCGAGUUGUAGAAGACACCAAACACCCCACAGAGCAAAUCUCGAUUCUGCGGAGCUUCCGCAGCUCGCCUGUCGAAGCCGGCUUUUCGGGAUGCCGCUGGCUGAUCGACACGCCGCGCUGACCGUGGCAUGCUCCCUGAGGCACAAGCUGCCCCGGCGGGCGCUGGUGAACUUUUGUUGUCGCCUCAUCCUGGGGAAAGACAUCGGGCGGUUGCCACCAGGAUCGUCAUCAGAGGCACACGACGGAAGUGGAGACCCUCCCACAGAGCAAAUCCCUCCCGGGGCUUGCCGGCGGCAAGGAGGAGGACGGGGCUUGUGCGCCUGUGGAGGGCAACUAUUUGCAUCGGGGGGGAAGACGAGGGCCUCGCCUGAAAUCGAAGGAGGCUCGGCGGAGACACACACGAGGCAUUUCGUGUCUCCGGACGAUGUUGCAGCAGUACGGGGAGCGGCUGCUGCUGCUGCUGCUGCUGCUGCUGCGGCUGCUGCUGUUAUGGAGACACCGCCGCCUACGACGUGCCGAUCGUGCCUAGGGAGAAGGGCAUGGCUGGACCUGGGUUCCGCGCGACUGUUGGUCGUGGCAUGUCACAAGCUCCUGUGGGGCAAGGCUCUGCCCGAGGACGAGGCGCUUGCUCUCGACCGGUGCCUCCGCGCCCUAUCAGAGGUCCUCGGGGAUCGAGACCAGAGCCGGAGGAGCCGGAGCAAGCGAGAGGCAGAAGAACUUCUGGCUGGCGGCGGCAGCAGCGGCAGCUGCGGCGUGUUGCCCGUUUCGGCGGCGGCAGUGCCGGAGGGAAGAGUCCGAGGAAUAUCGGCCGUGCGCGCGGGCGUAAGGCGACGACGGAUAGGAUCUAUGACCACCAACUCCUCCGCCGUCGACCAUGCUGCUGCUGCUGCUGCCGCGGCAAUGGAACGACGCUCCGCAGGAGACGCGGGAAGCGUGUCGGCAGGAUGGGUGCCGAGACUUCCGGCGUCGCCGACGACGAGGGGAAGCAAAAACUCGACGGGGGUUCGAGGUGUGGGUUUCGCAAGAGCGACGGAAAUCGAGCCCUCGAGUGCUCUUGCUGAUCGCUCGGAGAGAGCAGCUUCUGGUGCCGGGGAGGCUGCCGCCGCCAGCGGCGCUAGCCCUCCGCCGCCGCAAUCGGGGGCAGCGAUGGUCGUCGCUGUUGUCGAAGGGGGAGGAGGAGCGGCGGGAGCACCGAGCCGUGGCGGCGCCCCUCUUGCCGGGGGAGAAGAAGGUAACAACACGGCACGAGACGAAGAGUGCCUCCCGUCCGUGCUUCGGCAACGGGUAGCCUCCGUGGCCGAGAAGGUGGCCGCCGCCGGGGCGCGUGGGGCGGCCUCGACGGACGUCCAGGGCGCGGCCGCCGCAGCCGUGUCCCUGCUGCGCGAGGCGACGAAGCUGCCGUCAAACACCGCCCCCACGUCGCCGCCGACCACUUUGGCGGUGGAUGGGUCGUCGUCGUCCACCGGCCCCUUCUAUGAUCGACCACGGCCGCAGCUGCAGCAGCCGCUGGAGGCCGUCUGCAGCGGUGUCGGCCUCGACAUCCCGCGGGGGAAGGGGGCCACGGCAACGGCGGGUUGUGGCGACGACCUCGUGAUGGCGGUCUGCGACGGCUUCGUGACGCCGGCGCUGAGCCUGAGGAACUGCCUGGCGUUCGUGAGGGCCGUGCUCGUGCCGCGCGCCAGGGCCCUGACCGCUCCCGCCUCGAGGCUGCUGGUGACGGCCGUGUCCGGGAUCGGGAAGGCGCGCCCGGGGGUGGUCAUCGACGGGCUGGUCCUGCCGCUGCUGUGCGGGGGGGACCCCGCCUCGGCUGUGGGCUCUGCGCAGUGCGAGCUUUGCACGAGGCUAAUCAAACAGGUAUAG